UGAUGUUUGGUAUUAAAAUGUAAACAGGAGGACAUCAAACUCAUGGCAGAUAUGGGUGUGAAUAGCUUUCGUUUCUCUAUCUCAUGGGCAAGAAUUCUACCUAAGGGCAGAUUUGGAAAAGUUAAUAUGGCCGGAAUUGAGUACUACAGUAAGCUCAUUGAUGCACUCCUACUGAAAGGGAUCCAACCGUUUGUCACAUUAACACAUUAUGACAUACCACAAGAACUUGAGGACAGAUAUGGUGGUUGGCUAAAUUCACAGAUACAGUAUGAUUUUAGCUAUUUUGCAAACAUAUGCUUCAAAUACUUCGGAGAUAGAGUUAAAUAUUGGAUAACGAUGAAUGAGGCUAGCUUCGUGGCCAUUAGUGGCUAUAGAGAUGGGAGUUACCCUCCAGCUCGAUGCUCUGGUAUAUUUGGGAAUUGUAGUGCUGGCGGGGAUUCAGAAAGGGAGCCCUUCAUUGCAGCUCACAAUAUGAUCCUAUCUCAUGCAGCUGCUGUCCGCAUUUACCGCACCAGAUAUCAGAAAUGUCAAGGAGGCAUGAUUGGCAUUACUAUGGGUGUCGAAUGGUAUGAACCGUUUAGCAACUCCUCAGAAGACAUAGCUGCAACUCAAAGAGCUCGAUCAUUCUAUACCAAUUGGUUUUUAGACCCUAUUAUAUUAGGAAGAUAUCCUGAAGAAAUGGUACAAAUUUUGGGAUCUAAUCUUCCAGAAUUUUCAGUGAGUGAUUUGAGAAUGUUGAGUUAUGGCCUAGAUUUCAUUGGCAUCAAUCAUUAUUCAGCUGUUUAUAUCAAAGAUUGCUUAUAUUCUGCCUGUGAACAUGGAAACUCUUGGUCAGAGGGUUCUUAUUUAACGACUACACAAAGAGACGGUGUCUACAUCGGGGAACCUGGGGAAGUGGACUGGCAAUUUGUGUAUCCACAAGGGAUUGAAAAAGUUGUGAUGUAUAUAAAGGACAGAUUCAACAAUACUCCUAUGUUUAUCACUGAAAAUGGCUUUGCUGGGAACAGUUCUUCUAUAGAGGAUGCCUUGAACGAUGUUCAUAGAGUGAAAUACAUGCAUAGCUACUUAAAUUCAUUGGCAAAUGCAAUCAGGAAAGGUGCAGAUGUAAGGGGGUACUUUGCUUGGUCCCUUCUUGAUAACUUUGAGUGGCUAGAUGGAUAUACCAUAAGAUUUGGACUUUACUAUGUCAACUACACAAAUCUCCAGAGAACUCCAAAACUAUCAGCCACUAAGUAUCCAGAGCUCAUGUGUAACUUUCACAUAGAGCUUGAAGCACAUACUGCCCAGAAAUAGCGUAAGAAGACGGUGCAUAUGUGGAGGCUUGUUGAAGAUUUUUUUAUUUAGUUCUCUAUUGUUGGAAGGCAAUUACUGAGCAAUCAUAGUAUAAUUGUUCAGACUAAUCCCUUCCUUUAUAUUGCACAAAUUAGGCCCAGGCCUAAUCUUUUUAUUCACUCGAAUAACGUAAUAAAGAUUUUUUUGGUUUUAAGUAGAAAUAUUCCGUUGAAAGUUGAA